AUGGCAUCUUCUAGAGCAGUCUGGAAAAAUAACAAGCGUGGGCAUGAUGACAAUGACGGAGGUCACCAACAAUGCAAAUGGAAGCCGCAAGCGUUGCUCAGGCAGCAAACGCACAGAGAGAAGUGGAUCAAGCAGCAAUACCAUAGAGGGCGAGGAGGAGGGCGCAGGAGGUGGUUCAAGAUUACGAUUCCCCAUGGGAAGAAGUAUGACAAGAAAUGGCUGCUGAGCGCCCUGCAAGAUGAGUGCUCCCGGUCCUUCACUCCGGUGAAAUAUCACACACAGGGCCACACUGUGCACUUCUUCAUCGAUGAUGCCGCCAUUGCAAAUGCCCUGAGCAAAGCUUCACGCAAGAUCACAGGUCCAAAGGGCUAUAAGCUGACCGUGCGGAUGAAACCGUGCUCAGCUCCCUCCUUCAUUCACACAGAACUGACACCAGAGGAACUGGAGCGUCUCAAACAAUGUAUGUCCAAGCGCUUCGACGGCUCAGAGCAAGCACUUGACCUGAAGAGCAUUGGGACAGACCCAGACCUAAUGUGCCAGAACAUUGAGAUGCUCCUGAACAGGAAGAGCUGCAUGCAGGCCGUAAUUAAGAUCAUUGAGGAGCAUAUUCCCACCCUGACGAGCAUAAACCUGAGCAGCAACCAACUGUGCCACCUGGAUGGCGUGGAAGAGCUGCUCAGUAAGGUGCCCAGUCUGAAGGCGCUCAAUCUCUCCCGCAAUGGGCUGAAGACAGAGCAAGAGCUGGACAAGCUGCAAGGUUUCAAGUUAGUGGAACUGUGGCUGGAUGGAAACCCCCUGUGCGCCCAUUUCAAGGACCAGGCCACCUACAUCAGCGCUGUACGACAGCGGUUCCCUCAGUUACUCAGACUGGAUGGAUGUGAUCUCCCCCAGCUCGAAGGGUUUGAUGUAGAAGGUUCCACUACCCUGCCCUUUCAUUGCGGAGAAAUCAAGAAGCUUGUCAUGCGUUUCUUACAAGACUAUUACGGUGUUUACGAUUCAGAUAACAGACAGCCCCUGUUGGAUGCCUAUCAUGAAAGGUCCUCCUUCUCCUUCAGAGCUCAUUUCCCUGGACAGAACCCCUCCACAUGCGGACUGGGGGACUAUCACAGAGACAGCUUCAAUCUCCAUAAGCUCAAAGAACCCACUGCACAAUUCCACCUGUUAAAGCGCACGCGCUUGAGUGUGGUGGCCCUCCUUAACGAACUGCCCAAGACCCUGCAUGACACUGCCUCCUUUAACAUCCAUGUCAACAGCUACAGCAAUACGUCACUGUCAUUCACUGUAAGCGGGGUGUUCAGAGAGGUGGACAGCAGAUCUGCAGACUGCUUCAAAGCGUUCUCUCGGCUCUUCGUGGCCGUGCCAGCCAGGAGUGGCGGUCUGUGUAUAGUGAAUGACGAGCUGUGUGUGAAGAACGCCACAGAGGAGAAGAUUCGGGGAGCCUUCAGGGCCAUGGCCCCACCCCACUCCAGCGGCCCUGUGUGCACUGUCUCUGCAUUCCAGCAGGAAAUGCUGUCGGCCUUCUCACUCCAGUCCGGCAUGAACCUGGAGUGGUCAAAGAAGUGUCUGGAGGACAACAAGUGGGAUUUCAACAGAGCCGCUCACAUCUUCACCAAUCUGAAGGCCAUGGGGAAGAUCCCACACAUUGCUUUCAGAAAGUGA